AUGACCUUCAAUCCAACGAUCGUAAAGACACCCAUCACACCUUCCACCGCCACCAGUGAAUCGAAUCAGUCUCUGAUGACCGAGGACGCCACCGUCAGCAAAAGUGUGGAAAUGGUUCGACCCUUCCUCAAGGGCAUUGAAGACAACUCGGUGCUCAUCGACAUUACUGGGUUGCCUAAUCAACAGCUCUUACGAGAGGCUCUGCAAGCAUUCAACAAAGAUGCUCAUCUCAGAAAAGGCUACAACGAUUAUAUCGGCAAAGUAUCUCGCACUCGCUCGCAAGUAUAUGAAUCGAGAGAUCAUGGAAACAUGUUGGAUCCACGACAGUCCUGGCCACAUCGCAAUUCUGCAGGGCUUCAAUCUGACGGAUGGGACCUUUGUCUAGGGUUUCCCCUCUCUUCCAGCUAA